UCGCUCGACGCCAUAAAAAAAAUGCAAAUCUUAUUUUGAAAAAUUAGAACUGAUAAGAAUUAUUUAGGUUAACAAAUUCUAAGGUGUUUUUUUCUCACUUGUUAGAUUGGAACAUGGAAACAUAUGGGGAAUAUCUAGACACAUAUAUAGUGUCAGCUGUCAGUCUUGGAGAAAUCUUGAUGAAAUUUUAUUGUGAAGCGGUACCUCAAAAGAAAGCAGGUGGAAAUGCCUCCACUGAUGUAUAUCAUAAAAAUUCUCUAAUUAAUAUAAGAGGAGCUAUAAACCGCCAUCUUCAAGAUAUCAAUAGAAAUAUUGAUAUAGUGAGGGACAAAGCAUUUAAAAUGGCUAAUCGAGCACUUGAUGGUUUGUUGAAAGAAAGAAUGAGGUCCGGAACUUCCCUCCCCACAAAUCACAAAGAAAUCAUAAAACCAGCUGACCUUCAAAAAAUUUUCAAAAAUGAGAUAAAAGACAAAAGAGUUUACACCCAAAUUCCAAGAGGUUUUAAAGAAGACCCUAGUGAAGAGUAUUGUGAGGGAUAUAUUCUUUCUCAACCAGAAAGUGACGGAACACUUGCUACAAGGUGUUUUGAAUUUAAAUAUUUUGCCGAAUGUGUAAAGAAUUCAACUAAAAAUGUACUAAUUAAAUUUCUGAUAGAAGUUUUAAAAUUUUCCUGUGGUUGUCUUAAUAAGAGAAGAAAUGGAACCAUUUACUUUGGUAUAGGAGACAACCUUAUCAAAAAAAGCGACUGUGAAGAUAUUAAGCAUGGCGAAAUUGUUGGGUUUCCAUUAGAUGAUAAUGGCUUAAAUAGCAAAAAAAUGUAUACUGAUGCACUAAGAGAAGCAUUUUUAUUAUGUUUUGACGAUAAAUCAGCUGCUUUUGCUGCAGAAUGCAUCAGGGAUCCAAAAUUUGUUAAAGUGAAUGUAGGGGGAUAUAAAUGUCGUUAUGUGAUGGAGGUGGAUGUUGAAGCUUCAUUUAUGUUCUGCACAAAUCUUUAUUUUACGGUCAAUCUGCAUAAAUUAAAAUUUUAUUUUAUUGAUAACAUCAAUUUUGAGAAACUUGUAAACAAAUUCUUAAAUACAGAUAAGUAUUUUCUUUUUUUGCGUAACGGUUCCUCGACACAACACAUUGAAAAUAAUAGCAAACAAGAUUUCAUAAGAAAAACAUUAUUAGAUCUUGUCGUUAACAGAAUUUGCUUUGAAAUAAGAGAACCUAACUUUACCCCUUCGAAAAAAUUUUAUCAUCCACUACAAAAAAUUCAAAGAUAUUAUCAUACUGACUCUGAAAAUUGUGCAUUCAAGAUAAUAAGAGAUAUAUUAAAUUAUAUUGUUAUGCCACUGAAGGAUCACAAUGGCAAUGCUACGCUUGUAUCUGCACAAGACAUUCCUUGUUCAAUUGAACAUAAUCAAAAUCUAAGAAGUUUUAAGGAAAACCCUGAUACUAGAGAAUAUAGUAAAGGAUAUAUACCUAUUGAACGAAAAACUAAUGAAACAAUUGCCACCAGGUUAAUGGAGUUUAAGAAUUUUGUCGAUUGUUUUGAAAACCAGGAGAAAAAUGUCCUUGAUAUAUUUGUAAAAGAUGUUUUAGAAUUUGUCGACAGUUGUCUAAAUAGUAGAAGAUUUGGAACCAUUUACUUUGGUGUAGAGGAAAUUCCCUUUAAAAAUCGAAACACUAAAUACAAGAUUGUUAAAAUUGCUGGGGUUAAUAUUGACGAAAAUAAUUCAAAUAUCAGAUUUAAAUACACUGAUGCACUAAGAAACGCAAUUUCUAAAAGUUAUCCCAGGCAUAAAUCUGAUAUUGUUAAAGAAUGUGUAUCAAAUCCUUUAUUUGUGAAAGUAAAGAUACAAGGAAAAAAUCAAUUUUCUCAUGUGAUUGAGAUAGAUAUUGAUCCGUUAUCUAUUUUUUGCGAAAGGCUUUUGUUUACGAACAAGGAAAAUAAAAGGAAGAAAAAGCAUUGGCAAGUUGUACACGAGGGCUCCGCAAUAAAAGAAAGUGAAAAUUAUGUAGAAUUACCAUCUAUUAACGAAGAAUUAACAAAACUUGUAAAGAAUAGGAAUAGCUUUGAAAUGAAAACAAUCCGUCGUAAAAUAAUAGAUUCAAAAAGAAAAAAGAAAAAUAACUAAAACAUAUUUCGUCAG